CGCCCAUCGUUUAGUGGGGAAGUUCGGCACAUGCUUUAGUGCUGGGUUUUGCCUGUCUGCCUUCCUACUCUACUUGUCUGUUGCCGGUGUGAAGUAACAGGGGUCGUGGAGGGCAGUUGUUAUUCAUCAUGGGGAAGGAAGCAGUGCUGUUCCUGAUGCUGCUCAUCCACUACACAGUGCGGCACUGCCUGGGCUUCUCCCAGUCUGUGGAUAGCGAUUAUACCUUUACCCUCCCCGCGGGGCACAAGGAGUGUUUCUUUCAGCCCAUGAAGAAGGAUGCCACUCUGGAGAUCGAGUAUCAGGUGUUGGAUGGUGCUGGUUUAGAUGUGGGUUUUUCUCUCAUAUCUCCGGAUGGUGAACUUCUACUGUCAGAGGAACGGCAGUCAGACGGGGUUCACUCGGUAGAGACAGUUGACGGCGAUUACCAGUUCUGCUUUGACAAUACCUUCAGCCGUAUGUCUGAGAAAGUGAUCUUUUUUGAAUUGAUCUUAGAUCACUUGAAUGAUGAAGGAAACGAACAAGAGGACUGGAAGAAUUAUAUUAUGGGCACAGAUCUGCUGGACAUGAAGCUGGAGGAUAUCCUGGAAACUAUUAACAGUGUUAAAGGUCGAUUAACCAAAAGUGCCCAGAUCCAGACACUGCUAAAAGCCUUUGAAGCUCGAGAUCGCAACCUUCAGGAGAGUAAUUGUGAAAGAGUGAACUUUUGGUCUGUUUUCAACUUGGUGGUGAUGGUUGUGGUGUCUGCUCUGCAAGUCUAUAUGCUAAGAAGUCUUUUUGAGGACAAAAGGAAAAGUAGGCUCUGACAAACUGUGACCAAGAAUUUACAAAGAAAUACUUUUUUUAAUACCCUCUCAGGGCUAGCAUGUACAAAAAGCCUUUUCUUCCAAAUCCCUGCCGUAUUCAGAUAUUAGGGUCUGAAAAAAAAAAAUUUAAAAAAAAAACUUGCCCCAAAGAGUAACACACAAUAUUCAAUGUUUACCAUUUUUGUAUAUUAAUAUGAAGGUUUUGUAUUGAUUUUGAAACCUACAUUAGGGUGGAGAAAUGUUCCCUCAUUCUCCUAUUUCUACACAACAGGUAUCUUUCGUCAUGCAGAAAUAGCAUACAGGUCCUAAUAUUUCUUAAACCUCUGAAGAAUGCAACAUUACAUAAAAAGGUUAGGCCAAUAAUCAGUGUUGCUUUACGUUGUCACAUGGUGCAUAGCCACUGAUCAGCCUUCAACUGAUGGAGGAUUUGAGCAUUACUCGAAGGAUAUGGGAACUUUAAGAUGGAUUGUAAAAGGUCACUGUAGUCCUAAUUUUAUUUUGUUCAUUAUUGCUGUGAAUUGUAAUGAGGUUGGUUUUAUUGUGAUCAUGCUAAAAGCUGUUAAACUUUGAAAUGAAUACAUGUUGAAGGGUUGUCCCAAAUUUCAAUAAAACAAUGAAUAUUGUAGUA